AUGCCAGGUCCACCAACUUUGGACUAUAGGCUCUUUAUUGGAAUGUGUGUCCUAGACAUUGUGGUGCCAAGAAACAAAAGUCAUGCGGCUAGUGGGGAUUUCUCUUCUAUGUCCAAAUCCACCAAAGAGGAUGUUCUACAUGAACUUAUGGAAGUGUCCAAGACUUUACAAGCAACAAUCACUUCAAGCACCAUCAGGAAGAAUAAGGUGGAUGACUUUAUUAUGUUGUUGACCCAUGAAGAGUGUGACGAAAAAGAAGAUGAGAGUGAAAAAGAGGAAUCUGGAAGUGAAGAAGUGGAGGACAACUCUGAAGAGUAA